AUGAGUGCUUGCAAAACCCUUUCGUGUUUUUCCCUUUCUUUUUCUUCUUCUUCUUCUUCUUCUUCUUCGUCUUCUUCGUCUUCGUCUUCCUCCUCCCUCUUCAAACGCACCUUUCUCCUCCCUCACCAACGCCUAACCCUCACUCGACGAUGUUCCACGUCAGCCCUAACCGCCGAAGAAUCAGAACUCCAAUCUCCGACUGUUCAACACCUCCUCACUAGUCCCGACGGCGUCUCCACACUCAUGAAGAUGGACCGCAAGCCUCUUCUCCCUCACCAAUCUCACGCGCCUAGUUGGUUCCCCUACCUCGAUGCCUUCCGCUGCCAAAACGGCACUGUUUUGAGCAGCGAUGAGGUCGUCAAGGUCCUCGCGCCCUGCAUUUCCGAGGACCGGUGGCGGAAGUUCGGGAGCGUGGUUCGGAACCGGAGCUACUCCGUCUGCCUUGUCGUCGAAGGACUCUGCGACUUCGGCAAUGUCUCCGCCGCGUUCCGGUCCGCCGAUGCGCUCGGUGUUCAGUCCGUCCACGUCGUGUCGUGUGACACCAACAAAAGGUACAAGGAUAAUCGACAUGUAAGCAUGGGUGCAGAGAAAUGGUUGGACAUUGAAUUGUGGGACUCUACAAAGGAGUGCUUCAAAAUGUUGAAAUCACGUGGUUAUCGAAUUGCCACAACUCAUGUGGGAAUGGAUGCGGUUUCUAUUCAUGAUUUAGACUGGUCACACCCAACUGCAAUCGUUGUCGGGAAUGAAAAUAGGGGUAUUAGUGAUGAGGCAUUGGAGUUGUCAGAUUUGCACUGCAGUAUUCCUAUGGCAGGAAUGGUUGACUCUUUCAAUGUUUCAGUUGCUGCCGGAAUCCUCAUGCAUCAUGCUGUCUGUGAUAGAAAAUCUCGCAUGGGCCAUCACGGUGAUCUGACUGUAGAAGAAUGUCAAAUCCUACUUGCAGAGUUUUCACUGCGCCAUAGCAAGAGUGCGAUUAGUAUUGUCGAAGAUUAUGCAACGCGUAAAGCUGCAACAUUGAUCUAA